AUGGAGAUACCUGAUAUUCAGUAUGUUUUCAUCAUCCUUUGUUCCCUUAAUGAGGACUUUGAUGGUAUAGCUAGCCAGAUAUCUGCUGUUCCACCAGCACAAUUAACUGUGGAAGGGGUAACGGCAAGAUUAAUGGGCGAGUUGGACAGAAGGGAGGCUUGUGCCAUAAGCACUCCUAUUUCCAGAAAGAAUGAGGAACGCCAUAUGCAAACUUGUGGUGAUACAACUGCAUUUAAAGCUGCAAAGCGUUGUUGGUUCUGCAAUAAGCAAGGACAUUUUGCAAAGGACUGCAGAUCCAAAGAAAGCAAAGCACUCCCAAGUCUGUUUCUGUUCGUCAGUCACGGUCGUCAGCUCAGCAGCCGGCAUCGUACCGUAAAGACAGAAACGAGCCGCGAGCUUUUCACGCUAGCACAAGAGAUCGUAAAAGAAUUAAAGGUGCCAAGUGGAAUUCUUUUAUUGUGA